GGAAGAAGAUCGAUCUGUGCACAGAUGUCAUAGCGAAGGUGGCUCUGGAAACUGUAAGGGAAGUAUCUCUGUAUUCAUCGGGCAACAAUGCAGUUCUUCUGGGGUGGUCGAGCGCUGACGGCCUUGCCCGGUUUCCCAAUGUAGGGUUUCCCGCACUCUUUGCUACCCUCGCCUGGUCCCUCCUCAACCAUCCUCGUACCCACAAACACUCCCUUCAGUCCAAUACAAACAUUGACCCCUCUUUAUGCAGUUGGAGAAGGUUCAUCUGUACGUGCGAGAGGGCCUCGAAAGUCCAACAAGGUUGGAAGAACAUAUGAAACUCUUCGAGCACCGACUUAGACAAGGGAAACCAGACAAACCCAAGCUGGAAUUCAACUGGACGACUGAUAGCACGAAGGAAAGCUAUGCCUCCGGGUUCCGGGAAAAGCUAACCUCGAUGACGAAGCGAAACCCAUGGUUAGAACUCAUGACACACUUUGGGGAGUUUCUCCGAUCGGCAUCACCGGCCAUGGAGCAUAUCAAGAUUGCGGUGAUCGACGAUGGCAUCGACAUCGGGCUCGACAUCUUCAACGACAAGAUCGGCGCGGGCGACUCGUUCUUGGUCUUGGACGAGGUUUACGGGAAGCGCGGGGGAGCCUACUACGUUCCUUCGGGGAGUCACGGAACGCUGAUGGCGCAUCUGAUCUGCACCGUGUGCCCAGUGGUCAAGCUCUAUGUGGCUCAGCUGGAGACCGUGGACCGUUCCGAUGGACGACGCUCGUUUACUUCCGAGUCUGCGACGGACGCAAUAAAUUGGGCCGUCGAUCGAGACGUCGACAUUAUCUCAAUGAGCUGGUCCAUCAAUUCCAACCGCGAAUUGACGCAUCUCAAUGACGCCAUCGGCCGGGCCGAGAAGAACCAGAUCAUCAUGCUGUGCUCCGCCAUUGAUCAGGGCAGCCACGUCCGCGACAACACCUAUCCCGGGAAGAAUAAAAACUGCAUCAAGAUCGGCGCGUCGACGGUCACGGGGGAGCGGCUCGGCUGGGUCUCCAAGGACGCCUGUGACUUUUUGUUACCGGGAGAGAAUGUCUCCCUGCCGCGAAAGGGGAGUUCUUCCUCCUCCCAAUCGGGCCCCACCACCUACCCCCAGGCCGGCCCAUACGGCAGCUCGGUCUCCACCGCGCUCGCAGCCGGGUUGGCUGGCGUUCUGCUGUAUUGUGAGCGGCUGUUGACCGGCCCCGCCCCCGAGGCUGGGACUACCAGUAGUCCUACUAGCGACCCGGUGUUGCCGUAUCGGGACCAACUCCGAGGGCUUGGACAGAUGAAAGUGGCGUUUGACAACCUCGCCAAAGGUGGGGAUGACAAGUUCAUCCAGGUGGCGGACCACUUUCGGGAGGAGUUUAAGAACAUGGUUUGGAAUGAACGUGAUGCGGAAAAAACAGACGACACUCGUCGGAAGCUCCAACAGCUCAUGGCCACCAUCGUCAACAAUUCGACAGUGACCAGUUCUAGGCUUUGGAAUGUUUGAGAAAGGAAUAGAUAGCCCUUAGAUAUGCUGACUGCGUCAAGAUAUAAAAGUACUGGGAUUCUCUCUUCGGC